AUAAAUGCAAAAAUUUCAAAAAUGAGAUACAAAUUAUUUUUCUAAUUAGUGUUAAUGAGUUUUUGUAGUAGAAGGGAUGAAGUUGGACCUUAUAAAUACCCGAUGCUUUUUGAAAAUUUGAACAGUAUAUUUCUGCUAUAGUUUCUGGUCACAUCUACACAUAAAUAUGCAGUCCCUCAACUACAGUUUGAGCUUUCUAUUGGUGUCUUUAUUGGCACUUUUAGCAUCAGCAGAGAGAGAUGAAAUUUGUUCCUGUUCAAAAAUCACAGAACAUCCUCAAACUAAAAUUUGCAAAGAAGAUUUCAUCAUUCAAGUUCAUGUCAAUAAUAUAACUGAAGAAAAUUACAUUGUAAAGUUAGAGGAAACUUACAUGGAUAAAACCAACUACUUCAAAAGCAAUAUGGAUGUUAUUAUUAUUGAAAAUUUUAAUAGCUGCAAAUCAAACUUGACAAUGAAUGAAACUUUUAUCAUCAGUGGUAGAAUUAUAGGAGAAAAACCCACUACAUCUAAAUGUCAACUCAAAAUACAUUUGAAUAAUAAACGAAAGAAAUCUUUGCAUUUAAACAAGAAAAAGUUGUAUAAUUAUUGUGCUUGCAGUAUCAACAAAAAUGAACAAAACAAAACAACAACUAUUGAUGAACAAAAAGAAUGUAUUUUGGAAUUAGAUCCAAAAACUAAUUUAUGCCGUAAAAUGAAUAGUUUUUGUGAAAAAAAUACUGAUAAUGGUAAAUGCCAUUGGAAAAAUUGUUUAUCUUAUAAAAGUUGCGUAGAAGGUAAAAGAAGACGAAGACAAAGUCUGUAUUAUGAUUAUAUGUUGUAUUAUCCUUAUAAUUCUUACAGUUUUUCUCCUUAUUCGACAUUCAGUAACGAUUAUUAUAAUCCUUAUUAUGAUUCUUAUUAUGAUUAUCAUACGCAUCAUAGCCAUCAUAGACAUCAUAGCCAUCACAGACAUCAUAGCCAUCAUAGCCAUCAUCAUAGACAUUGUACCACAUGUAAUUCAACCAAGACGUAAUUCAUCCAACAAUAAUAAAAAUAAUAGACUUUAAAUUUUGUGACAUUCUAUAAUAGAAUAAAAUUAAAAUAUUCAUAAUUUAUUUUAAUUAAUAUAAAAAUGUCUUAUAUUUUAUUCUUUUUAAAUAUAUUGUAAAUAACAAAAAAUUGUACUACACAUUUUACUAUUAAAAAUAAACAAUUUUUAAUCCAGAAAA